ACAGGCAGCCAGGGAGCGUGGAUCUGGGGAAAGACAGCCCACUACUGUGCCGCUUCUAGCAAGGGAAGCCCCCACGCGUUGCGCGCCUGGGUCGCCGGUAUAGGGGCUAUUCGCGUGGCGGAGUGCGUGUGCAUGCGCAUCAGUUUAUAAAUGUGUGUGCUUGCGCACAGCAAAGCCCCGAGCUCCAUCCUCAACAGUUGCCACCGGAGCGGCGGAGAGGAAAGGAGGAGAGCGAGAGAGACAGCAGACUGAGGACGGACGGACGCGGAGCUCCACGCCGCUCUGCCCGGCUCUGCUCCUGACAUGCAGUCGCUCAUCUCUCCGGUGACCAAGGCCAUCCUAGUAGCGCUCUUCAUCUUCGCCAUUCUCCUCAUUCUCUAUGUGAUCCUUUGGUACAUUUGCAGAGACGUGGACUGCGACCACGGCAUUUGAGGAUUCCGUUAAAACGGAGUAACGGAAAUAUCACAAUGGAUCGCACAGAGAAGCCCGCAGAGCCCAGGUUCAUUUUUGAUGCCCAGACAAGAUGGCAAGGUUGCUAUAGUGACAGGAGGAGGCAGGGGAAUCGGUUAUGAAGUAGCUCGCCAUUUGGUCAGGCUCGGGACGCAUGUUAUCAUAGGUGGGAGAGAUGAGCAGGAGGGUCUUGCAGCUGUCAGACGGAUCUGUGAACACUACAAAGAGGCCAAAGUGGAGUUCAGGAAACUGGACCUAGCUUCAUUGCAGUCUGUACGUCAGUUCGCCCAGAGCUUCAGAGAACGGGACCUGCCACUAAAUAUUUUGGUCAAUAAUGCGGGUGUUAUGCUGGUUCCUGAGGGGCGUACAGAGGAUGGAUUUGAGCAGCACUUUGGUGUGAACUACCUAGGACACUUCCUUUUGACCUGGCUACUCCUGGAUACACUGAAGGAUUCUGGGAAAUCGGGUCAUGUCUCUUGUGUGGUCAACGUCUCAUCCUCAGCCCACCGCAUCGGAGAGAUCAGACUAAAUGACCUGAAUAGCUGUCAGUUUUAUUCAGCGCAUGCUGCUUACUGUCAGAGCAAGCUGGCCCAGGUGUUAUUCAGUUCCCACCUUCACCAGGAGAUGCAGAGUGGAGGUUUCCAAGUGAGUUCAUGUGCCGUGGAUCCUGGCAUGGUGGAUACUGCACUCUACCGCCACCUCUGGACACCCCUCCAUCUGGCGCAGAGUGUCAUCGCUCGCCUGCUUUUCCGGACUCCUGAAGAGGGCGCUGCCACUGUGCUCUCAGCUGCUCUGUCACCUGCUCUGGAGGGAGAUUGUGGAGGAGGUUACUGGGCCAAUGGGUGCAGGGAGAUGACAACACAGCUGACCUUUCAUCCCCAGCUGCAAGUGGGCCUAUGGGAAAUCAGCCUCCAGUUGCUGAACCUACAUUACCACGAGACUACAGGAUGACCAACAGGACUAAACCCAUCAGAUAAAAAGACCCUAUAUUCAGGGCCACCAGCCAUUCUCCCUCCUUUUCUUUUUUUUUCCAUACCUCACAUCAGGGUGUUGCUAGCAAUUUGUGUUACAAGUGUGACCCCCCCCUACCCCCUCCAGACCUGCCAAAGAAGGGCUACAGGGGAUGGAAGACGCUUUUUUUGCUUUUCACUGUGAGCAAGCAAACACACACACACACACACACACACACACACACACACACACACACACAGAACCACACUCUGGGGUUGCAGCUAUAUGUAAUUUUGCUGUCAUGGAUACCAGGCAGUUGCUGUUAUUGCCAUCCAGUCAGAUAUCUGUUAAUAUCAUCAACCAACGAUAUGAUGAAUUUGAUUCUCUGAUCAUAGCAGGCGUAACGUGUCCAAUCAGUAAAUCUGGUCCACAGGGGCACGUUCAGAAAUCUGCUUUGAUACAACCCUCACUUGGCUUUUUCAAUUAGUCUGGCCCACAAUAACUAAAUGCCUCUCAGAUGCUUUUCCAUAAAAACAUAAAAAUAUAGUAAAAUAACCCAAAAGCUUAAUUCAUGUUGGUCAAACCCUAGCGCACACACACAUGCAUACAGUACACACACCAUAGCACACAUUCAAACACCAUGACACUGAUCCGACCUAACCUGCCUUGCUGUGGCAAGGGAAUGUGAUGUCAUCAGUUUGCGUUGACACAUCACAGCGAUUUCUCAGAUCGUCUUACCAUCCAGCCUCUUUUACUGGGAGCACUUUCUUUUUAUUGGUUGCUACUGAAUCCUCAUGUUAACUGCUGGUAGUAGUUGCAUGAGGAGCUGUUUUUACAAAGGUGAAUUUAGCUGAAAAGCUAAGAGACCAUCAUCAUCUUCAUCUCUUUCCCUCUCUCCUCAUAACUCAGCAACCCAACAAAAGAUGUUCCUUUGGACUGCUAAGGGGAUGUGGAAAGAUGUUUAAAAAAACAAAGGAAGAUAUUUCAGAUAAAAGUAAGCCUAAAUGUGGAAUAAUUCCCCCUCGAACCAAGAGUGAUGAAACGUUUGGUUAUGUAGGUGGGAAUUUUCUUGCUGUUAUCUUUUUUUCUGAAACCAGGAUUUCCAGAUGUUUCUGGUUGUCUGCUAAAAAAACAAAAACAAAACAAAAAAGGGACGGUUUGGGAACCAACCUCAAAUUCAUUGUCACCGUUUUUCUUUGUGAUCUGUGUUAAUCGCUUUUUUUUCUGUGUCUGUGAUACAUGUGGAUGUAUUAUGUGCACAAGCUAAAAAUUAACUCAUGUAUAGGCUCAAUUCAUGCCGAUGGAUAGCACAACAAUGGCUACCCCCAGAGGAACUGCGACAAGAAGGAACGAGAGCGAGGGAAAGCACUUUUUUUCAGCAUUCAAACUGUGAUUGGUUCCUCAUUGCUGCUGCUACUGCCUCUUCCUCAUUUGGCGCCGCUCCCAGUGCAUUGUGGGAUUGAGAUUUCCCAGUGGUGAGAAUCAACCUCCAUCUGCUGAGCUGACACACACACACUCACUCGGAAACAUUGGAAGCAGUACAUCCAGGCAUAGGCUUAUCCAAACAAGCGAACAGCAAACAAACACGCCAGUCUGUGAUGCAGGAGCAUACUCGCACACGCUCACACACACACAUACAAAGACACACUGCGGCUUAAUGCCAUCUCCACUGUGAUUAACAUGUUUUAGCUGUGAGGAUGAAAAGUUUUAUCUCAAAUUAACAAGUUUUGGCUAAAAUCCUUAACCGCAAGUCAUUGCUGUAGUGUAUGUGUAUAUUGUUGCUUUGAAUACUGUCACUCGGCAUCCAGCAUUCAUUAUUAUCUGCCGUAUGUGAAGCAAUAGUAUCACUGUGGUAGCUAAUUCAACCAGUGGCACAGAGUCAGACAUUGAGAAUAAAAAGAGAGUGUAACGGAGUGAAAGUGUAUAAAGGACAAAGAUACCAGCGUCAGGGUAGUCUGUAAACAUUGCUUACAUGGUGAAAUUUAAAGUUUUUCCUCACUGUUUUUCAAGCAGUUUAAGUAUAUGUCAAUUCAGAGAUACAGCUCCCAAAAAAAAAGAAAAAUCAUCCUUCAAAGAACCUCAAGAGCAGACUGACCCCCGUGUAAUAUAGCUGACCCCCGUGUAAUAUAGCUGCCAAUGACGAGUCCCCUUAGCCCAGCUAUCUGCCUAAUAUGUUAUGAAUAUGUGAAUUUAUGUGUUGACAAAGAUUGCCUGAAUGCGUAGGAUCCUACAUGUGAAGGGAGACAUUAUGCUAAAAGUCCCUCUUUAAGAUUCCCAGGACUUUGCAAGCAUUCACAAUCUCGUGGCAGACGGUCCUAUGAGUAUUACAAAUACUGACAGUGUAAUACUGAAGCCAUUAAAUUUGGAAUUUAUUAAUUUUGACUGAUAAAUUUGGCUGAGAUGAAAAAGCAAUCUGUAUUCUUCUGGCUUCCAGGUAUUCAGUAUAUAUUAUUAUCUUGUGCCAGGUCAAAUAUGCUGAAUUGCGGAGUUUUUUUCCGGGGGGGUCCUAGUCAUAGAUAUUGUAAUUAUCAGGUUGUGACAUGAACUGUGAUAUGACGUGAAUGCACCAUAACUCCAGGACAAUUCAUCAAAGUUCACAUCGCCUAAGAGAGGCUUAUUCUGAAUAGAAAUUAAAAUAUAAAUUUAAAGCAAACGUCACACAGUUUUGUUUUCUUUUUUUACUAGAUUAGCAGCUGUGUGUGAGCUGACUCUAAAUACCAGCAAUUUUCCUCAGUCUUUUGAGUCUUGUAUUCUUUUCAGGCCGCUUGAAAACAGUUUAUUGCCUCAGUGCUUCCUUUGUUUGACUGUAUGGUUGCCCUUGGCUACUGUAAGCUACUGACUAAAUAACAACCAACCAAACCUAGUCCAAAAAAACAAAAAAAAAAAUAUUGCACUUGCUUCCGUUCACACAAAUAAAAACACCAGCCUAUCACUCAGUGGCACUCAUUGAAAGAAUACAAGGCUACAAUGUGAUGAACAUCCUGUCAAAGAGCUACUGUGUUUUUCGCCGUCCAGUUACUACAGUAGAUUUUAGUAUUUCAGCCUGAAAGGGGGAGCGGGGGAAUGUCACAGACUCUCCCUCCAAUCUGAGCACAAGGUUUUCCAAAGACGAGAGGAGGGAACAUGCGUGGGUCUGUCUCACUGUGCUUAUUGUGUCGAAGUGGCUGCUAAAUUAUCACUGAUUACCCGGUUAUAUACGGUAUUUAGCGUCCUCCUGAAGCAUUCUACACAGACAGGACAACACAGUGAACUUUCUGAACUUGAAUUGCAAAUGUAGAAAAGAACAACAGCUCCAGUAACUGUCUGUGAUAUUAUCUGUAUGUGAUUUACUCGUAUAUGAUCGUUUCAAAGCAUUGGAGGAGACAGUGAAGAUGUUUGUAGACUGAAAAUAGCCAUUCCUCUGAACAGCCUGGGAUUACAUUUAUAUUAAAUGUUCCAGUCCCACGUUCUGCAAAUCAUAAUUGUGUAUAUGUAUAUGAAGAGAUAUAAAGAUGUAUACAGGGGUAACCAGAUGAACUGAGUCCUUACUCUGGUUCUAGUCCAGUUAAAAGAAACUGCAUUCUGGUGUCAUUUCACCUUUAAUGCAUACAUCCCUGAACUGUUUUCUCCUUUGUUGUGAGUGCGACCUUUCAAUUGAGCCUCCGUAGGCUGCAAAUCGAAGAUAUUUGCCACCUCAAAUCCAUUGUAAACAUUCAGUGCACCUGGGCUCCCCCUGAGUUUUUAUUGAAAUGUGUGGAACGUUUUAUUUUUUAACAUUGUUCCGUUGUUGAGGUGAACAUCUUAUUGCUUUUGCCGUGCCUAAAAAGGAAAUCUCCCUCAUAUAUGUGUUAACUGUGAAUUUUUUCAUGUAGAAAUUAACUUGUAGAAAUUGUGAUACCGUCUUGUCCUGUGCAUUGAUAAGAUUUUUCUCUCUGGAGUGACAGGAGUGGAAAUGAAAAACGUGUAUGUAUGAAUGACUGUGUGUGUGUGCGUGCGUGUGUGUCUCUCUCUAGAUGAGGGAGUUGAUGUCCAUGAUUUUUUUGUUUUUGUUUUUGUUUUGUUUUGUUUUUUGUCGAUGGUUGUGACAUCCCAGCAGCAGCCACCACCUUUUCUAUUAUCCAAAGCCUCUCAAUAAACAUAUCA